GUAUUAAGUCAUGAUGCAGGAAUCUGCGACAGAGACAAUAAGCAACAGUUCAAUGAAUCAAAAUGGAAUGAGCACUCUAAGCAGCCAAUUAGAUGCUGGCAGCAGAGAUGGAAGAUCAAGUGGUGACACCAGCUCUGAAGUGAGCACAGUAGAACUGCUGCAUCUGCAACAACAGCAGGCUCUCCAGGCAGCAAGACAACUUCUUUUACAGCAGCAAACAAGUGGAUUGAAAUCUCCUAAGAGCAGUGAUAAACAGAGACCACUGCAGGUGCCUGUGUCAGUGGCCAUGAUGACUCCCCAGGUGAUCACCCCUCAGCAAAUGCAACAGAUCCUUCAGCAACAAGUCCUGUCUCCUCAGCAGCUCCAAGCCCUUCUCCAGCAGCAGCAGGCAGUCAUGCUGCAGCAGCAACAACUACAAGAGUUUUACAAGAAACAGCAAGAGCAGUUACAUCUUCAGCUUUUGCAGCAGCAGCAACAGCAGCAGCAGCAACAACAGCAGCAGCAGCAACAGCAGCAGCAGCAGCAACAGCAGCAGCAGCAGCAACAACAGCAGCAGCAGCAACAGCAGCAGCAGCAGCAGCAUCCUGGGAAGCAAGUAAAAGAGGUAGGAUCUCAGCAGCAGCAGCAGCAGCAGUUGGCAGCCCAGCAGCUUGUCUUCCAGCAGCAGCUUCUCCAGAUGCAACAACUCCAGCAGCAGCAGCAUCUGCUUAGCCUUCAGCGUCAGGGACUCAUGUCCAUCCCACCUGGCCAGGCGGCACUUCCUGUCCAGUCGCUGCCUCAAGCUGGCUUAAGUCCUGCUGAGAUUCAGCAAUUAUGGAAAGAAGUGACUGGAGUUCACAGUAUGGAAGACAAUGGCAUUAAACAUGGAGGGCUGGACCUCACUACUAACAAUUCCUCCUCGACUACCUCCUCCACCACUUCCAAAGCAUCACCACCAAUAACUCAUCAUUCCAUAGUGAAUGGACAGUCUUCAGUUUUAAAUGCAAGGCGAGACAGCUCGUCACAUGAGGAGACUGGGGCCUCUCACACUCUCUAUGGCCAUGGAGUUUGCAAAUGGCCAGGCUGUGAAAGCAUUUGUGAAGAUUUUGGACAGUUUUUAAAGCACCUUAACAAUGAACAUGCAUUGGAUGACCGCAGCACCGCCCAGUGUCGAGUGCAGAUGCAGGUGGUGCAGCAGUUAGAAAUACAGCUUUCUAAAGAACGCGAACGUCUUCAAGCAAUGAUGACCCACUUGCACAUGCGACCCUCAGAGCCCAAACCAUCUCCCAAACCUCUAAAUCUGGUGUCUAGUGUCACCAUGUCGAAGAACAUGUUGGAGACAUCCCCACAGAGCUUACCUCAAACCCCUACCACACCAACGGCCCCAGUCACCCCGAUUACCCAGGGACCCUCAGUAAUCACCCCAGCCAGUGUGCCCAAUGUGGGAGCCAUACGAAGGCGACAUUCAGACAAAUACAACAUUCCCAUGUCAUCAGAGAUUGCCCCAAACUACGAAUUUUAUAAAAAUGCAGAUGUCAGACCUCCAUUUACUUAUGCAACUCUCAUAAGGCAGGCUAUCAUGGAGUCAUCUGACAGGCAGUUAACACUUAAUGAAAUUUACAGCUGGUUUACACGGACAUUUGCUUACUUCAGGCGUAAUGCAGCAACUUGGAAGAAUGCAGUACGUCAUAAUCUUAGUCUGCACAAGUGUUUUGUUCGAGUAGAAAAUGUUAAGGGAGCAGUAUGGACUGUGGAUGAAGUAGAAUACCAGAAGCGAAGGUCACAAAAGAUAACGGGAAGCCCAACCUUAGUAAAAAAUAUACCCACCAGUUUAGGCUAUGGAGCAGCUCUGAAUGCCAGUUUGCAGGCUGCCUUGGCAGAGAGCAGUUUACCUUUGCUAAGCAACCCUGGACUGAUCAAUAAUGCAUCCAGUGGCCUACUGCAGGCCGUCCACGAAGACCUCAAUGGUUCUUUGGAUCACAUCGACAGCAAUGGGAACAGCAGUCCAGGCUGCUCGCCUCAGCCGCACAUACAUUCAAUCCAUGUCAAGGAAGAGCCAGUGAUUGCAGAGGAUGAAGACUGCCCAAUGUCCUUAGUGACAACAGCUAAUCACAGUCCAGAAUUAGAAGACGACAGAGAGAUUGAAGAAGAGCCUUUAUCUGAAGAUCUGGAAUGAGAACUGACUUGUAAAACCUCAGCGUGAAGGGACAUAUCACUGACCUUCAUAACCACUCCGCAACCAUGAAUAUUUGACAAAUUUUUACUGUGACUAUUUAUUAAGCAUGGAUAAAGGAGACAGCCCUAAAGGAACUUAUUAAGCCAGCCCUUUGGGAUU